UUCUAAAUUCAUUGGUCUAUUUUGUAACUCGCCAACAUUUAGUUUCAUUUUUAUAUUAAAUAUGAUAAAAACGAAAUUACGAUAAAACCGAAACCAGUGGUCUCUUAAACAAAGGGAGAAGAAAAAUCAAUUUUCUUUUUCUGAUGGAGAAUUUCUCAGCACCAGGUUCUAAAUUCAAAGGGUUAGGAAUGUUAGAUUCCUAGUAGUGACCAACCAGCGAUGGAUUCCAGCAGGUCCCAAGGGAUCGAGAGGAAGAGGGUAUCUUUUCCCCUGUAAGAGGUGGAGAGUCUUUUUCAGCUGGGAGGAGCUAAACGAAAUGUCCAUUGGCUAGUUUAGAGACCCUCUGAAGAAGAUGGUCACCUUUCUGAAGAACACUGAUGGCAUAUUUUUAUGCACCAGAAAAUAGCAACCAAUGACCAAGUUCGUAGGACCUACAUUCCAUCUUUUCUACAUUUGAAGAGGGAGACUUUGUAGCUUUCACAGCAGAUGGAGAGCUAUUGCAUUAAUUUCAUCUAGGAUCAUUGAUUUUGAUUUUUAUUUCAAAUGGUCUAAAAAUUUUUUACAAAACAUUAUUAGAACCUGAUUUUAAAAGGAUUUCUUAUCAAAAUCGAAGUAUUACCAACUAAAUUCAUUGAAAUGAGAAUUCAUUUACAUCUGGACUAAACGAGUGAUUCAAAACUGGGUAUUUCACAUUCUCAACCCCAGUGUUUGCGAGUAAUAGCUCUGAGUAGAAUUAUUCCAUCACGCUCGAUAUUCCACGUUCAUUUAUUUUUCGUUUCGUUAUCGAGCUGCAGCCUAGAACUUUAAUUACGUACAACAAAAUCAAUACAAAAGGAAAUGGCACUUGAAGAAAAAUGUUUUACUAUAACGUGGAAAAUAGAAAAUUUGGUUGGAUGGUCAGAAAAGUUAAGAGAGGACUUUAAAAUUUCCAGUCCGCCGUUCGUAAUAGAUGCGAUGGGCAAAACCACAUGGCAUUUAAAUAUUUAUCCAGCUGGACAGAAAGACAUUAACAGAAACAUCAACUUUUAUCUUUAUAGACAGAAAGAUGAUAGUACUGAAGCACCUAUAAAUGUGAAAAUUCAGCUUGAUUUCUUAGAUAAAAAUGGUUUGUCACUUGCGGCUUUCUGCAUUGAUCACGCUUUUAAAAAAGAUAAAGGGUAUGGAUGUCGAUCAUUCGCUAAGACAAAAGAAGUCUUUAAUACACGUCGAUAUAUCUUUCUUCCUAAUGAUACUUUAACGGCACGAUGCAAAAUGUGGAUAAAAGGUGAUGUCAUGUCACAAGAUGGCCAAUGUUUCGCUCGCACUCGUUUUGGAGUCGAGAAGAUAUCCUUCUUGUGGUACCUGAAAAAUUUCAGUACUCUUGAAUUAGAGAAGAAAUGCAAGUAUAUUGUUAAGUCACCUACGAAUAAUGAACCGUUGAUGUCUGUUGAACUAUUUGUGACAGAAGAUAAAAAUUGCGACAAAAUUGUUCGUUGCGCACUGUCUCUUCAAGAUGAAACCAUUCUGUGCUGCAAUUUACGAUUAUACCUCGUCUUGCCAGAUGGAAAGAAAAAACAAUGCAAUCAAGAGAGCAUUUGUUAUUCUAAUCUCCAUGAAAGUACCGAAUUUACAUUCCCUUUGACUAAAGAAAUGUUUGUGGGAAUGAAACAAUUGCUUCUGCCAAAAGACAUUUUGUCAAUGGAUUGGGAAUGUUUCUUUUCAAAAGGAAUAACGCUCGAAGAAAUUAGUUACGGAAGUUCCAGUUCUGAAAACUCCGAGCCUGACAAAACCGAUCUGACUAAUAACGAUAUGGUAUCUCCUGCGAUCUCAUUGAUUGACACCUUAAAAUCCUUUUACGUAGAAAAGUUGCUAUGCGACGUUCAGUUAAAGACACGAACAGGGACAUUUCCUGCCCAUAAAAUUGUUCUUUCUGCUUUGUCUUCUGUAUUUCAAACAAUUUUUUCGAGCAAGGUGAACGAAGAAGAGAAUGACUGCGUCGAUAUGGAAGAGCUGGAUGACGAUACACUAAUCCGAAUGCUUGGUUACAUUUAUGCUUCAAAUGUGGAAGUUUUAACAUGGGAGAGCGCCUAUAAAUUGUAUGAAGCGGCGAACAAAUAUGCCAUCCUGAAUCUGAAGAAUUUGUGUUCUCUGUAUUUGAAGAAUAAUCUUUCCCCAUGCAAUGCGUGCGAAGCACUGUUGUUGGCUGAUAAUUAUGGCGAUAAUGAAAUGAAAGAAGUUGUAAUGAGCUUCAUAGUAAAACACGGCAAAGAAAUGAAAAACUCCGAGUGGAGAUUAUUGAUGAAUUCGAACGGAAAACUAGCUGCAGAAGCCUUGUACCGUCUGUAUUGCGAAAACUGAAAGAGUCAGAGAAGAGUUAAUGUUUUCAUCUUCAACCAAUGAAAUCAUUACUUAUAAAUUAAAGAAUGAUCUCAAAAACAAAUAUGAUAAUCUUUGUUCUUUUUGUACCUUAAUUGUUUUUAAUCAUGUCUAGACCAGGACCUGAAUAUCAAACAGGUAACCAGUGAGUUCCAAAGUUUCAAGGGCUUUUUUUUUUUUUUUUUUUUCCAUUGUGAUUGAUUUUAAUUUUUUAAUCUCCAAAAGCGAUGUUCUCGAACGUACUUAUAUUUUUCUAAUCGUGUUUUCAAUUUUGCCCAUUUAAGUCGAGCCCUUUUAUCUCCUCAG